ACAGUCAGUCCCUGACAGCAAUAACAACACAGAGGCGCCCCCUGCGGGAUUCCGACAUUACUGCAAACAGUUCCACUCAACCGGAACCGACACCGAACUGCCUCGCAGCGGGAAGCGGAUCGGAACCACGUGUGUCUGUCCUGGAGUCCGUCAGAACCUGAACUGAACUGGUCGCUUUGUUGCAGUUUUCCUGCAGAAACGGUCGAAUCAGAUCUCUGUGGAGGAUGAUCUGCUCUCCUCUGGCUCCACCAUCAGGAUGGAAUUUAUCUGAAAAAACAUCCAGUAAAAACAACAGCCUGCAGCCUCCACAGUGCUGGUGCAGAACUAACAUUUGGACCAGAAUCAGGCUUCAGCCAGUGUCAUCUAUCAGAGACCACGGUCGGUUGUCACAGUUUAACUCAUCCAUGCUUUGCUCGCAUUAAGAAAAAUCAGCAGUAAUUCCUGCAUGAAAUAAUAAUUAAUAAUUGUCAAACCUCUCAUUGGGACAAUUCCACAGUUCUCAAAAUGUAAGCCGCUUUAUUUUUCUACGUUUUAAGGAAGAAUCUUCAUCAUCACAAAGCUCCACUUAUCUGAGAAAUAAAUUAGAAACAUAAUUAUUUGUUAAUAUAUAUUAUAUAUAUAUAUAUCAAUCCAUCAUUUUAUAUACACAAUGCUGUGUAUAUGCUGUUUCACGAGCUGUAGAACCAUUAACUAACACUUUUUGUUUCUUGGAUUCAAGUCUGUCCCUCAUCUUGGUUUAAAUAAAGUUUUUUUUUGAAUGGGUCAGCUGCUUCGUUGGAAUUCAAAACAAAUAUGGCGGCGGGAGUUGGGUGAGCGGGCUUGUUUGUGCAGUUUGAAUGCGGUCGCUGGCGCUGCCGGCUCAUCCAGGUGUGGAUAUGGAUCCUCCGGUCUUUCCAGAAGUGGUUCCGGAGAGGACCGUGAAGGUUCUGGGCUCGGAGCUGGUGGAAAACUACACGGUGUACAUCAUCGAGGUGAUGGUCGGCCAGUACAGAUGGACUGUGAAGCACCGGUACAGCGACUUCCACGAGCUUCACGAGAAGCUCACGGCAGAGAAGAAGGUCGACCGGGGGCUGCUGCCUCCAAAGAAGAUUUUGGGGAAAAACUCCAAGAGCCUGGUGGAGCGCCGGCAGAAGGAGCUCGAGCUCUACCUGCACACGCUGCUGCAGCAGUUUCCUGAGGCCACGCCCACUCCGCUCGCCUUCUUCCUGCUCUUCCACCUCUAUGAGAUCAACGGUAUCACCACCGCUCUGGCCGAGGAGCUGUUCCACAGAGGUGAGCAGCUGCUGCAGGCGGGUCAAGUCUUCUGUCUCCGCCCCCUGCAGCUUUACUCCGUCUCCCAGCAGCUUCGGCUCGCCAAACCAACCUGCUUCAGCGGAGAUGCCAAGAGUGACUUGGGACACAUCCUGGACUUCACAUGCAGACUGCGGUAUCUGAAGAUUUCUGGCAGCAGAGGCUCGGUCGGGACCAGUAACAUCCAGGAGACCAGUCUGCCCUUUGACCUGUCUGUUUUCAAGUCCCUGCUGCAGAUCGAGAUCAGCGACUGCAGCUCCCAGCAGAUUGGAGGUCUUCCAGCUCUGAGGUCGUCCCUGGCGACCAUGACUGUCCGGCGGACCACCGACCUCAUGACGUCCAUCCUGCUUCCUGAAGCCAGCGAGUUUUCCCAGUGGGAGCCUGAGGGGGCGGAGUCUGCAUGUCCCGUCACGGCUGUCAUUCCGGUGUGGAAGAAUCUGACCACUUUGGACAUGAGCCACAACUGCAUCAGCACCAUCGACAGCUCUGUGAGAAUCGUCCCCAAAGUGGAGUUCUUGGAUCUGAGCUAUAACAAGCUGACCUCAGUGGAGAACCUUCAGCAUCUGUAUAACCUGGUCCAUGUGGACCUGUCCUUCAACAACAUCCGAGUGCUGGAAGCCGCUCACACCCGACUGGGGAACAUCAAAACGCUGAGCCUGGCCGGGAACCAGCUGGAGAGUCUGAGCGGCCUUUCAAAGCUCUACUCACUGGUCGAUCUGGACCUCAGCCAUAACCAGCUGGCCCAGUUGGAGGAGAUCCGAAACAUCAGCUCCCUGCCGUGCCUGGAGAAGCUCAACCUGUCCAGUAACCCCAUCUGCAUCGACCCGGACUACAGAACCAAAGUUCUGGCCCAGUUUGGAGACCGUGCAGCCGAGGUCUGUCUGGACUGUAGACCAACGGUGGAGCGGGAACUGGACACCGUGGAGGUUCUAAAAGCCCUCCAGAAAGCCAAAGAGGUCAAAGAUCGCAUGAGCAGCUCAGACAAGAAGCCCAGUGAGGAGACCAAGCUGUCUGCUGCUCCGCCUCCUGCCUCCUCCUCUGCCCUCCCCUCUGCUGCUCCGCCUCCUGCCUCCUCCUCUGCCCUCCCCUCUGCUGCUGACUCCUCCUCUUCCCAUCAGACCCAGGAGGACAGCCCCUCCAGUCAAGGUAACCAAGUGAUGAUCCCAGCAGAAGCUGCAGUGGCUGCGCAGCCAGCAGGCCUUCAAACCAGCGAACCGCUCCCGUCUGCAGACACAGCGCAGGAGCAGAAAGUCACUCCGUCUGAACCACCAUCGGCCUCUGCUCCAGCAGCUGCUGACCGCUCAGUUUGUGACCCGUUAUCCUCCAGUCCGGUCCAGAGUCCUUGUUCCCUGUGCAGCUCCGCCCUCUGUCCUCUGCUGCCCUCUCACCUGUUCUCUCUGUCAUCCAACCAAGACUUCAUCACCCAGCUCUCCCAGCACCUCCGCUCUGCACUCCGGGAGCAGGAGACCACGGAGGAGGAGCUGGAGAGGAGCUCCGACUCUAGUAGUGGCCAAGUUCGUCUGGAGAAAGCUGAUUUCGGCAGCUCCAGUCUGGGGUCCAGAGACGGAUACUUUGAGAUGGGACUGGAUGAUUCAGUGGAAGAGCCGCUAAGCUCCUCCCCCUCGGCGCUCCCUGCUCCUGCGGUUGAGGAGCCCAGCGGCCUCCAGGAGCAGGAGAGGGAGGAGGUCCAAGUCCUCAGGGUUCUGUGGUGCUGCUGUGUUCGAGUGGAGGAAGAGCAGAGGCAGAGCGCGGCGUGUCUGGUGCUGACCAGCCAGUACCUGAGCCUGCUGUUCCUGUCACAUGACGUCGUCUGGACCAAUCAGGACUCAGACCAGCAGCAGAGUCUGUCUGUGGAGAAGCUGCUGUCGUCCCUUCAGAUGGACUUCCUGCUGCCGUUCUCCCAGCUGCUGCUGUCCUUCAGCACCGCGCUCUCCCAUUCCUGCUUCUCUCUCGGGCUCCACGCCGGUCCGACCCGCUGGUACAUCUUCUCUGAGGCCGAGGAGGUCCAGCAGACCAGAGCCCAGUUGAGCGUCCUGCUCCAGGCAGUCGAGUCUCCGAGCAAACCGAGGAACAGCCCCCUCCCCAAGCCCCUCCCACAGCUCCUCCCACAGCUCCUCCCACAGCUCCUGCCCCCAUCCUGGGAGCAGGAGGAGCGUCUGGGAGCUCAGGGAGGAUAUCCUGUGCACCUCCUUCUCUCCUCGUCAUCAUCAUCUCCCUCAGAGGACCCCGGCCCCCCCUCGCUCCUCUUCCUCACAGACGAACAGCUCUGGGUGAUGAAGGUGGACUUUGCAGAUCUGGCUCAAAGGGAAAGCAGCGAGUCGGACCUUCAUCAGUCCUCCUCAUCCUGGUGCAGACUGGCUGGCGUUCCACUGGGCUCGGUCGCGCUGCACCCCAGACAGAGAGACGCUGGGUCAGGGGGUCCAACCCAAAGGUGCCCCCAUCCACAGCACGUCCACAGGACUGGUCACUGUGUGGAGCUGCUGCUCCAGGGUCAGAGGCAGCUGCUCCUCUUCCCCCUGACCCAGGACAGGAGCUCCUUCCUGGAGGCUCUGGAGCACAGAAAAGCCUCUCUGGGGGGGCUGCAGACGUUGGCUUUGCCCCCUCUGCAGCCCGGCAGGUGCUGCUCACAGCCAGGCUGUCGCAGGUCCUCCAACCAGAGCUGCUCCACGAGCGACGCCGCUCAAACACUCAGCAGCUGUGACUCCGCCCACCUUCUUGUGGAGGAAAACCCGCCGCCCCCCCACCUCAUGGCCGGUCUCUGUCCAGCACUGAAGCUCCUGGCUGGACUUGGAGGUCAACAGCUGCUGAGCUUCUUCUGCAGAUACAUCGCUCUGUCUGAGGCUGAGGAGCUGAGGCAGGUCAUGUGGCUCUCCGUGCUUCUCUACCAAUCCCCCCAAGUGGAGCUGCCCUGCUGCCUGCUGCUCUCCACCGACGCCAUCUACUUCCUGCUGGCGGAGUCCGCCGGCCCGCCGGACCGCUGCUCAGAGUUAGAUGCUUCCGCCUCAGGAGAGCCGGACGCCCGUCUGUGCCGCCGUCUGUCCGUCAGACUGUCGGAGCUGCUGGCGGUCAACGUGGGUCUGUUCGACCAGUUCUUCAGGGUUGUGGGACACUCGGCCAAUCAGAUUGUGAGCUGUCUGAGCAGGGACAGCUACGGGACGGGCGUCUUCCUGCAGGAGCUGAUGUCCGUUCUCAGUCUGCAGCAGCAGCCCCCCCCCACCGAGCCGGCAGAGCAGGAUUUCUACUCGCAGUUCACUGACACAGGCACAGGUAAGAUGCACAACUAUGAGCUGAUCCACAGCAGCAGGGUGAAGUUCAUUUAUCCCAGUGAGGAAGAGAUGGGAGACUUGACUUUCAUUGUGGCGGAGAGGAAGACUCCGGCCAGCGCCGCUGCUUCCUCCUCAGAGUCCUUCGACAUUCUGCUGUACCUGCUGGUCUUUCAGGUUCAGGUUCCUAGCCAGGAAUCUGCUGGGUCCUCUUCUUCCUCCUUGCAGCCUGGCCCCGGUACCGCUCCGGUACUGCUGCCCAGAACUCUGAUCCUCACCAGCUCAGAUGUGUUCCUGCUGGACGAGGACUACAUCAGCUAUCCUCUGCCUGACUUUGCUAAGGAACCUCCUUCAAGGGAGCGCUACCGGUUCUGUGAGGCGCGAAGGAUCCGGGAUCUGGACCGGGUCUUGCUCGGAUACCAGACGUACCCUCAAGCUCUGACCCUGGUGUUCGACGACCUUCCCGACCUGCUCUGCCGUCUCACCGUGGACCACUUCGCCAUGAGCGGUGAGGAGGCCCCGCCCGGAGUGGGCGUGGCCAACAGGAGCCCAGAGAGCGAGGUGCAGUGGUGCAUCUUCGUCCCCGGGGCCAGCAGCAGAGAGCGGCUCAUCUCCGUCCUGGCUCGCCAGUGGGAGGCGCUGUGCAGCCGGGAGCUUCCAGUGGAGCUCACCGGCUGAUUGGCCGGUUUUUCUGUCAGAUGACCUCCAGGAUUCCACCACCAUGACAGCGGCUGCUCGCUUCGUUUGAAUCAGGGACUUCUCACGUCUGCGUUUCAGCGAAGCGGCGCUGUGCUAGUUUUACAGAUGGUUCUCAAAUGUGAAGUUUCAGAGAAUUUCGGGAAGAUUUCUGGAGCUCGGCUCUUCACGCUCGCAGAGAGGAGCUUCCUGGAAGGACACGGACGAUCCGUCCGGAUCUGCCGGGUCCAACGUGGGCCGUGGUUUUUCUGUGCGUUCAGCGGAGUAACUCCAGGGAUCUACUAUCCUCCACUUUGUUCACUUUAUGCUGAAACCAAAAGUCCUUCUGAUGCUUCAGAGCAGUUUGUGGUCGAUGAAGCGCACAAACCCCGCCGGGCCGCACAAUCUGCUCCUCGGUCAUGUGACUGAACUCUUUCUCCACAUGUUGGUGCAGAACACGUGGAAGUUCUCCAUCAGGGAUCUGAGAGAUUAAACUUCCUUUUUACAUUUCCAUCCCUUCAUAAAGGUUUCUGUCUGCAUCCUUCACCUCUGGGUUCUGUUGACGUGUUAGCAGAAACCCCAAACAGCCAAAAAGCCUCCAUGUGUUACCAUGGUUACAUGGACAGUAACCGGGCGUGUCCUACCUGCUGCUAGUGUCCUGGAUCAGGUGUAACCUGUCAAUCAGCAGGUGGAGGAACUGUGGCUCACGUUGGAACAGCUGACUGGUUCAGAGCGGCACCAACAGGUCAUGACUGGAACUUUGAGAAAGCAAUAAAAUCUCAUCAAAUCUAAGAGAGAAAUGACCAAGUGAUGCUGGGGACCGUUUACAACAAAUGAAGCAGGUCUGAAGCAGGUCUACAGGAGGUCUACAGCAGGUCUACAGCAGGUCUACAGCAGGUCUGAAGCAGGUCUGAAGCAGGUCUACAGCAGGUCUACAGCAGGUCUACAGCAGGUCUGAAGCAGGUCUACAGCAGGUCUGAAGCAGGUCUACAGCAGGUCUACAGCAGGUCUACAGCAGGUCUGAAGCAGGUCUACAGCAGGUCUACAGCAGGUCUACAGCAGGAGUCUGUAACUCUGACAGAAACAUUCAGGUUCUCACUGACAGACAAAAUCUUCCUUCACCUUUUAAAAUAUAAGACACAGAUUUGUGUUUAGGCCAUUGUUACUACUAUGAUGAACAUAAAUAAAUGUUGUUCAUUUAUCAUGAAUAAAACAUAAACAUGAAAGGAAUAUAGCCUUUUUUACUUUGUAGAAGGUUUUUUUUCCCACAUUUUGUCAGUUUGUGAUUCAUCUAAUAUUUUAAAUGCUAAUAUAAACAGCUUUGCCAUCUACUGGGGAUUGUUUGGCUGUUUGGGAAUUUAGCUAUUAUUCCAGCUACAUGCUAGCUGUUUUAGCUAAAUUAGCUUUUUGAAGUUUUAAGCCUAAUUUCAAAUUUAGCUAUUAUUCCAGCUACAUGCUAGCUGUUUUAGCUAUUUUAUCCUGUUUUAAGUUUUUUAGGCUACUUUGGAGUUUAGCUAAUAUUUCAGCUUCAAGCUAGCUGGUUUGGGGUAAAUUGGACAUUUUACCAGUUUUUUAGGCUAAUUUGGCAUUUUUAGCUUGCUAUCAGCUUCAGCGUUUUCAGCCAUCAGCUUCACUGUUUUUGGCUAUUAUUCCCAUAGCGUCAUCGCCGGUAAUGCUAUAUAUCUAGUUACUUUUUAACAUUUAGAAACUUUUUUUUUCUUUAAUGAAACACCCACAAUGGAAGCGUGAAAGAGCCACAUGAGGCUCCGGAGCUCCAAGUUGCAGACGCCUGGUCUGGUCUAAGCUGAGGGUUCUCACAGCUGUAAAAACUCCCAUGAACAUGUAACACCAGUAAGUUUAGAGGACUUCACUUUAAAAUGUUUGUCUUGACCUUUUAUGUGAUCCAGGACAGUCACAUGAAGCACACAUACAGUCCUUUCAUCGCACAGAUCCGUUUGCUUACAGACUCUUCUUAAUGCAGACUUCUGACCCGUUUAGCACUUUGUGUGGACUUCUGUUCUCGUACUGCAUUUCUGUCUAGAAAAGAACUGCAUCCACUGCUGUUGGAUCGAAAUGCUCUUUGAAAUCAGCUGCUGGUCUCUGAUGAAUCCAAAAGUUCUGGUGUUUCCUUUUCUGAGCUGCAGAAACAGACAUUUGUGAAUUCUGCUUGACGUCCCCACAGUUUGUCUGGUGAACAACCAAAAGUUUCCUAAAAUCAGGGGUGGCUUCCUCCUCUGGAAGGACCCGCAUUUCAAACCUCCACCUGCCGUCUCUGCAGGUCACAGUAUCCUCAUCUCAGUUAACCCUUUAACACCUGGGGCGUCACCGGGGACGCUUAGCCUAAAUAUCUUUAACAUACUGUAACUUUUCCACCGUUAACACAGCAAUUAAAGCAGAUUAUGAAGGAGAAAGGCGCCGCUUUAUGUCAGAUGACAUAAACACAGGAGCUAAAGGGUUAAAUAACGAGUUUCUGGAAUAUCUUGUUUUUUUUUUCUCUGAUGUUUUCAUCUGUGUGUCGUCCUGUUGCAACUUUUUAAAGACCCGGACGGACAUCAAUUAACAUUAAUUAACUUUGUCUUUCAGUGUAAACCUUUUUUAAUAUUGUCUGUUGUUAAUAAAAUAUUUGAUAAUGUGA